UUUGGCAACGUGUCGAGGAUAUUGGAAGCUACACAUACAGGUUUGAAGUCAUGACUUUGAACAAAGGUGACAAGUUGCGGAACAUGGAUAAAAGGAGAGGGAGCAUGCCGUUUCCAGUACACCUUCAGAACUUGCACAGAAGAAGCAUGCCUGUAGACGACCGCGAAUUACGCGCAACAAUGCCGUCGGCGCAAACUGGCGAACUCUCCAACCUCAUGCGCUGCACAUCGUACAGUCCUGGGGAGCAGCACAGAGACAGCGUCUCCGAUUCAUCCGACUCGGUCAUCUCCAGCGGCAGUGACUGUGAAGGGCCAGUGUACAAAGUGGUUCUGCUUGGUGAACACGGUGUUGGGAAAACCAGUCUGGCCAGGAUAUUCGGAGGAGUGGAGGACAAUCACGAUUGCGAAGACGCAGGGAACACAUAUGACAGAUCGAUUAUUGUCGACGAGGAAGAAGCAUCCAUCCUCUUGUAUGACAUAUGGGAACAGGAUAACAGCCAGUGGCUGAAGGAUCAGUGCAUGCGCAUGGGAGAUGCCUACAUCAUCGUGUACUCUGUAACAGACAAGUCGAGCUUCGAGAAGGCGUCAGAGCUUCGGAUUCAACUGCGCAGGGCUCGUCAGUCUGAAAAUAUUCCCAUCAUUCUAGUUGGAAACAAGAGCGAUCUGGUGCGAUCCAGAGAGGUGUCUGUCGACGAGGGCAGUGCCUGUGCUGUUGUGUUUGACUGCAAGUUCAUUGAAACCUCUGCCUCUCUACAUCACAACGUGCGUGACCUCUUUGAGGGAAUUGUUCGGCAAAUCCGUCUGCGCAAAGACAGCAAAGAGGACAACGCCCGUCGCAUGGCCAACUGCAAGCGCCGUGAGAGCAUCAGCAAGAAGGCCAAACGCUUCCUGGGUCGUAUGGUGGCUCGGAAGAACAAGAAAAUGGCCUUUAGGCAGAAAUCAAAAUCCUGCCAUGACCUCACGGUACUUUGA